GACCUGAAGAUCUGCAGCUACGGCCGCCUCUACCAGCAGAGCAUCACCGUGCAGAGCAGGGCAAACACAGCUCUGCGUUUGAUGUUUAAUGUGUGUAAGGAGCUCCGGAACCACAUGGAGAUUCUGCCCAAGACCGCCUACGUCCAGGCCUGCUCCACCUUUCAGGCCCAGCUCAAGUUCCUGCCCAGGCGGUCACUGCCCGCAGACGCCCGGAGCCUCUUCGACCAGGAGACCGGAGUCCUGGAGGUCCCUCUCUCCGUCCAAGUAGCAGACCAGGUGCGGCCCAUCCCCAUCAUGGUGCACGCGGUGGUCACGACCUCUGACCUGGAGUUUGACCAAUCAGAGCUGGACUUUGGCCACUGCUCCGUCCGCGAGUCCGUCAAGCUCAUCCUGCGCCUCACCAACCGCUCACUGCUGCCACAGGACUUCGGCUUCCUGGGGGUACCAAAGUUUAUUGACGUGCAGCCAGGUGAUGGUUUCGGGACGCUGUUGCCCCUGGAGACGCUGGAACUGGACGUGAUGUUCAGCCCCCAGACAGCCGGAGACUACAGCUUCCAGCUCACCUGCAGGACAGGUGCCAACAGGGUGGUGUGUGUGCGGUGUCGGGGGCUGGGGGUGCAGCCGGUGCUGGAGCUGUCCCACACGCUGGUGGAGUUCCGUGGCACGGCGGUGUGUAGCCGCUCCUCCGCCUGCCUCUACGUGCUCAACACACACACCAGCACCAACCGCUUCACACACUCCGUCCCGCGCGCGGGCAACGGCCCCCCCGCCCCCGUCGGCCCCCGCAGGUUCGCCUUCUGCCCCCCCCAUGACGCCCAGCUCACCCUCACCCCCACACACGGACGCGUGCUGCCCGGAGAGAAAUGUUUGGUGCAGGUUACCUUUACUCCGUCCCUAUCUGAUGACCUCAUCAAAGCAGAAGCCUCUCGUCUUCUGGCAGUGAAGCAGCAACAAGCAGCUGAGCUCUCAAGCAAAGCCACCAGCCUCGACACACCUGUACAGCCCCCCAAGAAGGAGGUGGUCCCAGAGCCCAAGAAGAGCAGGAAGCCUCCAGUGAAGAAGAGCAGCAGAGCCGUCCUCAGUCCCAAAGCAACCAGUCCACCCAGCACACAGCAGUGUGGUGAGGAGUUUGGCCCUGCUAUAGAGGGUCUGCUGCGCUGCUUCAAAGACACGUACCAGCACGUCAUCGUGCCCUGCUUUGUGUCUGAUGGAGACGCCUCCGAACCUGACCAGGACUGCACCUACAGUCCCCAUAACAUCCUGUACCUGGAGCUGAGGUGCCCAGUAGUGCGGCCCGCCCUGCUGCUCCUCCACCACAGCAGUGGAUACCACACACUGGACUACCAGCAGGUGCUACUGGACGAGAAAGUGGUGAAGAAAGUCACAGUGCAGAACACCUGUGAGGAGAGUCUGGAUCUGACCUCUUCAGUGCUGGACCUGAGCGGCCCGUUCCUCUUGCUCAACGCCCUCCGGGCACUCAGACCAGGAGACACACACACACUGCUGCUGGCCUUCACACCCACUGAGGAGAAGAAGUACCGGGAGGUUCUGGAGCUGAGCUGCAGCAGGAUGAGUCUGGAGCUGACUCUGUGUGGGGAGGGUGUGAAGCCUCUGGUAACCUGCACACUCAAAGCACCGGCCAUGGAGUUCGGAUACGUGCUGGUCAACGACAGCGCAUCUCAAGUCAUCAAGCUGCACAAUGACUCAGUCUUGUCAGUAAAGUUCACAGCAUCUCUGGCCAGUCCUCCAAACACACACACACAGCAGCUGUCUGUUGACCAAUCAGAUGACAUUGAACAAGCACAAAAUGCAUCGUCCACUGCAGAUGGCCAGAGCUGUGGUGGUCGGUGUGCGUUCCUCGUGUCUCCUGCAGAGGGCGCCAUUCCGCAGGGUAAAUCUCUGGACGUCACCGUCACCUUCCAGCCUGACCACGAGAGCCUCACACACUCUGACACAGUUACCAUUCAGCUCUCCAACAAGCAAACGGUGUGCGCAGUAGACUUGAAAGGAGCAUCUCGCCACAAUAUCAUGUACCUGAGUGGAGGAGACCCUCUGGAGGACAAUCUGACAGAUGCAACCCAAGAUGUGGAGGGCCCUAUCCCGGUGCUGUUGACCCUGAGGAGUGAAGGGGGCGUCGCUGCUCCUCGCUCACUGGAGGUGGGCUGCAUACGCACCAGCCAGCCUGGGGCCAAGAAGAACGUGGUGGAGUUUGUGUGGGAGGGCGCGGCGGUGCUGAAGCAGAAGGGGUUUGGGGUGGAGCCCCCCAAAGGCACGGUGGAGGCCGGGGCCAAGCGCACCCUCACCGUCACGUGGGCGCCCCCUAAAGGCACUGCGCUGGGUGAGAUGGUGGAAGUGACUACUCCACUCACACUGAAAGGAAAUGAGACGGAAGUUUACAACGUGACCCUUCAAGUGCUCCCCUCUCAGCCACACUCCAGCUGAUCCAGAUGCACACACACACACACACACACACACACUCACAAACACACACACACACACACACACACACACACACACACACACACACACACACACGCACACACACACUGAUGCACACACACAAACAGAAUAAUAUCAACACAGUUUCAACUGUUUUUUGGCAAAUUAAUUUAGUAUUGUUAGUGUUGUAUGUAAUCAUCUAUAUAUGAAUCUAAUUAAUGUAUAUAUGUGUGUGCAUACGUAUUUCCUAUC